UCAAAAUGACUUUAUUAACAGAGCAGAGAAGAGAGCUCCUGUGGUGAAGCCACCUGCCCUGGAAAAUAAUCUCAAGUCUGUCACAGAUUCAUUGUGCAGCUUCAGACACACCAGGAACUCUCCUUUUGCUUCAAUUUUCCUAUCUAUGAAAUGAGUAUAAAGGAAAAUGAGAUUAAAUUAAUGGCUAGCAGAAGAGAUCAUGACUUCUGUCAAAGAGCAGGAAGCCAUCAGGAAGCUCAUGGUUUUCUUGCAGGAAUGGGAUAGUGCCCACAAAGUUGCUCGAAGCCGCAUCCUGGACAACUUCAUUGAAAGCAACGAUGGCAAGACAGAACCAGAGCUGGAGCUGGAGUUCUCCCAGGGAGCCAGCUUGUUUCUGGCUCGCCUAACCGCAUGGCUCAGGAUGACCUACAUGUACAGCACGUGCCUUGACAAGCUGCUCAAGUCCAUUGGCAUCUUCCUAUCUGCUGCAAGUGGACGCAGAUACCUUAUUGAAUUUCUGGAGAUUGGAGGUGUCUUGAUUCUCCUGGAAGUACUAGGGCUGAACCACCUGAAAGAAGAGGACAAAAGGGAGUCUGUAAAGCUGCUGCAGCUCGUCGCAGACGCUGGCAGGAAGUAUAAGGAACUCAUUUGUGAAAGCUACGGGGUGCAAUCCCUCACUGAGUUCUUGGCCACUUCCAACUCAGCAGAAGCUCAAGAAGACGUGCAGGUUCUGCUGGACUCUUUGGGCCGCAGCUAUCCCAAGUACCAGAAUCAAGUCUACAAAGGCCUCGUUGCUGUUCUGCCGUGUGCCUCCCCCCGCGCCCAGCAGCUGGCUCUGCAGAUGCUCAGGGGCAUGCAGGACGUGGUGGGAGAGGUGCCCUCUGUCCUUGUGGAGCCUGUGCUGGGCGUGCUGUGCUCGGUGCACCUGGAGGUCCAGUAUGAAGCCGUCCAGCUGUUGAAGGCCCUCAUGGCCCACGAGGUCCGGCCAGCCCUGCUGAAGGGCCUGGUUGCAUUACUGACGCCACCCAGGAAGAAAGCAUUUACCUUCUGCGAUGAGACCACCAAAGAUCCAACAGCACUUUGCCUGAGGGAGCCUGUGCUGGUAUAUAUUCAGCAGGCAGCUGCCGCAAAAGCCAUUGGUGUAUUAGCCAAGGAGUCAGCAGAAGUGGCUGAAGAACUGAUCCAGCUGAAAGUGGUACAUGGCCUGAUGGUUGCUCUGGGGAACCUGGAUCAUGUGGCCAGCCAGAGACAUGCCAGCAUCUCCCUGGAGUAUUUUGUCCACACAUUUCCCUUUGUGGAGGAGUGCGUAAAGAAGGCACUAGGACACACACUGUUCCAGCACUUUAUGGACAGUCCUGAGAUGUGGUACACAAAAAUGGAUCCAGUCCAGGCUGAAGAACUGGCCUCCAAUACAGUAGACAUCCCCAGAGACAUAGCAAGGAUGCAGUCCAGAGGUGAGCAGGAAUGACUUCCACCCAAAGAAAAAAAAAAAUGUAACUUCAAUCCAAACCAAAGCUGGGAAUCUGUCAAGAUUCAGUGUUCCCAAAUGCUUAUGACAUGAAUUACCAUACAUCCUUUCAGAGAGCGGAGUGCUUUCCAGGAAGGAACCAAGCAGUCUUUUGUGAACUAAAUGAAGGAAAGCUACCAAACCUGAAAUGUGCAAUUGUCAUCUUGUUAACCUAUGGCAAAAGUCAGUCAUCUUUUUACUUGUCACGUCAUUGGAGAGGUGUAGAAGCAUGUAAAGCAGAGACCAGGAGGCACUCACUGCUCUGUCACAGGGGUUCCAGGUAUCAGCAAAACCCCCAGGGAAACCUGGGACUCAGUCCCUGCAAAUCUACCUUACCCUGCAGGUACCCAAGGUCAGCCAUGGGGCACUCAAAACACACAUUCCCACCCUCUGCUUCGAGGCAUUUGAGUUCUCCAGGUCCUCCAGAUUUUGCGCAAAGUCUCCAAGGUGCCAUACCCCAAUUAGUUCAUAUCAAAGUCCAUCAAGAACACCAAGUGUUUUGUGUCAUCUGUAGGGCCAUGUCAGGGACACGUUCUUGGCACGCCACUUACAGAUGAGACCCAAAGUACUACAAAAAGUAAAAGGCACAGGGGUAAUCAU